AACAACUCAAUUUAAUAUUGAAAACAUAACAAAUAUCAUUAAAAAAUCUACAAAAUGUUCAAAUUUGCCGCCAUUUUCGCUUCCUUGUGCUUGAUCUCUGCUGCUUCUGCCGGUUUAGUGGCCACUCAUCAUGUUGUCCAUGAACCCGCCUUGGCCAAAGUAGGUCAUGUUGUUCAUUCUUCACCUUCUGCCGUAUCACACCAAAGCAUUACUCAAGUCCAUGGCAAAACCUCAGUUGUUCAACCAGUUUUGGGUCCUGUUGUUAAGACUACAGUUCAUACUGCUCCUCUUGUUGUGAAGACUGUUCAACCUGUUGUUCCUGUAGUGAAGACUGUUCAUACUCCUGUUGUACACACUUAUCACUCUGCUCCUGUUGUACACUCUGUACCAGUUGUACACAGUGCUCCUGUUGUAUCUGUACAUCAUCACCAUCAUUAAGUCCAUUUAUUAGGAAAUGUUAAUUAUGAUUUUUUGUUAAAUAAAUUUGUAAAAAAUGAAAA